AUGUCAUCCGAUACGCCAUCGGCGUCGUGGCAUCCCGCCAUGAUGCCCAAUUCGUCCGCCGAUGUCGAGAUUCAGCCAGAGCCGGCUCUGACACAGGCCCAGAGGGCGGGAGCUAGCGCCAGCGAUAUGCAGCUUGAGAGUGAUAACAAAGAAGACGGCUUCGAUGCGUGGUUCACCGACCAGGACCUGCAUCAGGAAGGGGGCCAGGACAAUUGGUUUGACGAGGUCGCUCAGACGGAGGCCGCUCCGAAGAUCGCACAGCCAGAGCCGACUGCGGAGGCAGAGCAGCCUGCGAUUGCAGAGACGGCACAGCAAGAGCUGCCAGAAACGAGUCACGCUGAUCCGGAAGCACAGCUGGAGUCAGCGCCUGCGCAACAGACAAGUCAUGUCGACCCUGAAGCCCAGGUGCCGGAACCUGCUGCGCAGCCAGAGCUUCCCGACGCUGAGUCGCCGCAGUCAGAGUCGGAGCAGCAGAGCUAUCCCGAUCCUGGAGCACAGCCAGUGCUUCCAGAGCAGCCUAUGACGGCAGAGACAGAGCUAGUGCAGGUUCAGGCCGCUGCGGCUGGGGAGAUGGAACCUCAGGCUGCCGCACCAGAACCAGCUCUCGAGGCGGCAGAGGCUGGAGUUACGGAGCCUCUCCAGCUUGAAGAAACCCAACCUCCUGCAUCUGCUCAGCCAGAGGCCACUCCUGAAGCCACUCAACCAGCAUCUGAACAAGAUCCCAAUCAGCUCGAGUCCGCCGAACCUACAGAACUCCAACCCGAGACCACUCAACCCGCAGAGCCAGAGCCAGAGCCAGAGCCCGAGCCCGAGCCCGAGCCCGAGCCCGAGCAGCCACAAACCCCCCACUCCUCCCAUCCCGAACCCCAAGACCUCGCCUCCCCCGAGCCGGGCCCCCUCUCUAGCGCCGCCCUCAAGCACUUCAGCACACAAUCCUUCACCCGCACACGCGUGCCCCACGAAGCGAGCUGGAGCGACGACGGCGAGGAGUGGCGCAGUCCCCGCGCCGAGUCCGACAACGCCAAGGAUCCGUUCAAGUUCCUGGCGGAGAGCAACCGGUCGAACUCGUUUCCUUUGGUCUCGUCGCCUAUUAAUGAGGUUGCUGCGGAAGAGGGGUUUGGGUUUGGGGAUAACUUGGAACAAGAGCAGCAGGAGAUUCCUCGGCAGCAGCUGGCGUUUAGUGAGGCGGAGGAUUUGAUAAGGGAUAUUGAGCGCGAGGAGUUGGAGGAGGAGAAGGGAGGGAUGCCGGAGGCGGCGUCGGUGACAAUUCAAGAGCUGGAGAGGGCGCCAACGAUGGAUGCGCGGUUUGAAGAGGGCGUGCCGCUUGUGUCGCAGCAGCAGGAGAAUGCUGCUCCGAGUCAGGCGGUUGAUGAUCUCUUUGCGGAUGAUGGGGCCGAUGAGGAUGACUUCUUUAGUAAUGUCCGCAAGGAGGAAGCCCAGCCUGAGCCCCAGCCGUUGCAGCGGAAGACGACCAUGGAUGUGUUGAGCCAGUUGGGCGCUGGGACGGUGCAGCCGGGGGUUGAGACUAUCCAAGAGGAGGAAGAAGAAGAAGAGGAGGAGGAGGAGGAGGAGGAGGAGGAGGAGGAGGAGAAGGAGAAGGAGAAGGAGAAGGAGAAGGAGAAGGAGAAGGAUAAGGAGGAGGCUGAGCCGGAGCAAGUUAAGGCAGAGCAAGCUCGGGCUAAGGUUGAGGAAGAGACUCCUCAGCCAGCCCAAGCAAAGGUCGAGCCUGAACCCAAGGAGACCAAGGAGGAGGAGAACCUCGACGCCAAAUGGAAGGAGAUGUUUGCCGACGACGAAGGGCUUCUGCUCGACGACGAGGAGCCCAAGGUCGAUGCUGCCAACUUCCUUGGGAGCGAUGAUGAGGGGCUGCUGGAGGAUGAGCCUCAACCUGCUUCUGCCCUUGCCCCUGCUGUUCCAGCCUCUCUCCCUACUACGACUGCUGCCACUGCCGCUCCUACGACGACGACGAUGACGACGACGAUGACGACGACGACGACGACGACGAUGACAACCGCUGCUCCUGCGCCGAACCCCUAUGUCCCGGCCCAACCUGCCCAGAGACAAGUUUCGAACCCCUACGUACCUGCGACAACCGCAGUGCCAGCUCCCCCGACUCCCACGAACCCCUACCUCCCGACCGCCCCAGCUCUCACGGCAGCAGUUCCCACGCCAACCCCCUUUUCCGUUACCUCAACGGUUCCCCCAGCGCCAGCUCCGGCUCCAGCCCCGACGUACGGUUACAGCGCGACGCCCCAGUACGCCGCCGCGCCGCCGCAGCCGCAAAAGAAGGCCGAGAGCUUCGUCGAAAAGUCCAAGGGCGGCUAUCAGUCGCCGUACGAUCUCCCCAUGGAGGUUGUCAAGGUCAAGCCGCGCGCUGCUUCCUCGCAGCGGUCUGCUCCAGCGCCGACGCCCUCGGCCCCGCCUCGUAGUGCGAGCUUCCAGGCUCAUCCCCCGCCGCCCCCCGCGAGGACGGCGUCGCGUCCUGGGUCGAGCCAUUCUUCUGGGCCCCCGAGCGCUACCAGCGCUAAGCCAAGACAGGAGAGCUUCUUCGAAGAACUCCCUAUUAUCACCAAGGCCCGGCCGUCCUCGCGCACGAGCCACAAGUCGCAGUCUCCCACGCAGUUGAGCCCGUAUGGGCCUCCUCAGACGGCGCCCCCGCCCAUGGCAUCGCCGCCUAUGGCCUCUCCUCCGCCACAUGCUCCCCCGACGUCGGCCCCGGCCGAGCCUGAAAUCCCCAAGCUUGUCCCCCCCGCACGGGUCAAUCCGUACGCCCAGCUGAGCACCAGCCCUGCUCUCUCGCCCGUGGCGCCGCCUGCCUCGACAAGUCGGUACUCGCCCGCUCCCCCGGGCAGCUCAGGCCUCGGCCCUAUUCCGGCGCCCCCUUCGAGCCGGUACUCCCCUGCUCCCCCCGGCUCUCGCAACGUCAGUGGCAGCUACGGCCCCGUGGCAGGUGGCCCGCCAAUCUUGCCUCACCAGCCGCGCACGUCGAGCCCGCUGGCUCAUUUCGAGAUUACCCACGAUCGGACACGUCCUCACUCCUCGCUGCCGCCUACCAGGGAGGUCGACGAGGAGGAUACCGCUAAGGCCCAGGUCUCGCCUCGUGCAGCGGGUCCUGCGUCCCCGCCGAUCUCAAGAUAUGCUGCCCCCCCGCCACAGGCAGCUAGGCAAACCCCGCCCCCAAGGCCGCCUGCGCCGACGACGGCGGGGCUUGUCGUCUCGCCGCCUCGUCGGGCGGCCUCGAGUUACAGUCCGCUGGCCCCGGCUGCGGCGGAUCUGGUUCCCCCUCCGCGUUCACAGACUCAGUCCCCCGGCUCGUCGUUGUACGGCUCACGCGGGGUGAAGGCCGAACCUGUCCCGCGUCCGUCGUCUGUGCAUGGGGGGGCCUCGCCCCCGGGUGUUACACGCGCUGCUGCGGCGGUGCCUAGACCCAGGGCGCCGUCGCUCAAUCCAAACGUCAUCCCGCCGACGGAUGGCCGCGAACAAGACCCCCUCCAGCGCUGGCGCGGCUGUCCCCUCAUCGCGUGGGGCGUCGGCGGCACGGUUGUCACCAUGUUCCCUAAGGAGGUGCCCCGGUACGGGAUGACCAUGGGGGGUACGGCCGCCGGCGUGGUCCGCAGCCCCGGGGAGGUGAAAGUCAAGAGUGUGAAGGAGAUUUUGCCGCUCGAGGAAAGACUGGCGAAGUUCCCCGGUCCGCUGAAGGGCAAGGGGAAGAAGAAGGAGGUGCUGGGGUGGUUGAGCCAGGGCAUCGAGGGAUUAGAGAAGGAGCUUGCGGUGUCGAGGGUCGGGGUUUAUGUGGAUUGGGGGGAGGAGAGGAGGAAGACGGAGGAGAGGGUGCUUUUGUGGAGGGUGUUGAGGUUGUUCGUGGAGAAUGAUGGGGCCUUGGAGGGGAGUCCGGCCGUGGUGAAGGCGGCGAGGGAGAUACUCACGCCGAGCGUCCCCGGGGGGGAUAAUAACAACGAGGAGAGUGUACCGCCGUAUGGGAAUGGGGCGAAUGGGCUGUCGCCCGCGACGGGCAUGGCGCCGGAUGCGGUCAGCUCGGCGGUGGUGGAGGACAUCCGCAGGCAUUUGCUGCGCGGGGAUAUUGAGAAGGCUGUCUGGGCAGCGGUCGACCAGCGGCUGUGGGGACAUGCUUUGCUCCUGGCGAAUGCGCUGGCUCCGCCGCUCUACAGACAGGUCGCGCAGGAGUUCGUCAAGAAGGAGGUCAACUUCCCGGGACACAACAACGAAUCCCUCGCGGCGCUGUAUGCCGUGUUGUCCGGCAACCAUGAGGAGAGCGUCGACGAGCUGGUGCCGGUGCAUGCUCGGGCCGGGCUGCAGCUCCUGGCUAAAGAUGCGGCCGGUCCGGGGGCGAAGGUCGGCGCCGACGUCGAGGCUGGCCUGGACAAGUGGCGCGAGACGCUGUCUCUCAUCCUGUCGAACCGCACGCCGGAAGACGGACGCGCGAUUCGUGCCCUAGGCGUCCUCCUCGCGUCCUACGGCCGCGCCGACGCCGCGCACGUGUGUUUCCUCUUUGCCCGCGCGCACACAGUCUUUGGCGGGCUGGAUGACCCCGCCGCGCAGUUUGUCUUGCUGGGGGCGGACCACCGCAAGCCGGGUGUGGAAGUCGCUCGCGAGAUUGAGGCGUUGCUGCUGAGCGAGGUGUACGAGUACGGGCUGAGUCUGGCGGCUGGAGCGAGUGGAGGGGCGUUUGUUGGAUGCCCGCAUCUCGCGGGUUACAAGUUGCAACAUGCGCUUACGCUGGCGGAGUAUGGAUACCGCGAUAAGGCGCUAGCGUAUUGUGAUGCCAUUGCCGCCGCGAUCACGGCGCAGACGCGACGGUCGGUGUAUCACCAUGCGCUGCUGGAGACCGCGGUUGAGGAUCUCAUGCGCCGGCUUAAACAGGCGCCGUCUACUGAGUCUAGCGGGUCAAGUUGGCUGCCCAAGGCACCGAGCAUGGGCAAGGUGUCGGAUACGAUGUGGAGUCGGUUCAAUAAGUUCGUUGCGGGGGAUGAUGAUGAGGAUUCGGCGACGGGCGCUGGGGCGAAUGGCGAGGAGGCUGCCGGGCCGUUCGCGCGGGUUGGAGCGGGCACACCCACGAUUAGCAGGGUGCCAAGCUCGAAUAAUCUGGAGAUGUUCGGGUCGGCCGCCGUACCGAGCUAUGGGGUCCCGGCGGGAGCUAAUGGCCCGGUGCCGGUGCCGGUGCCGGUGCCCGCGGCGGUGGUACCACCGGUGCCGGCGACGAGAGCCGCGUCAAGGCCGGGUAUUGAACGCACAUCAAGCGAGCUCUCCCGCAUGUCUGUUGAGAUUCCCGCCCGCAGGAGUAUCGACAUGCAGAAGGGUUCUGGCAGCGGGGCGUACAGCCCGGUUAGGAGCGGCAGUCCCGCGGUUGGGUAUCCUCCGGCGUCUCAGCCGGUGCAUAGGUCGGGGAGUCCGUACACGCCGGUGCAGUACCAGCCGGCACAGGGGCUGGGAAUGGGGCAGCAGGGGAUGGAGAGUCCGUACACGCCGGCGACGACGGGGACGGGCACGACGAUUGUGGGGUCUCCGCCGGUACAGGGGCAGCAGGGGUAUAAGCCGCCGAGCAUGACGUCUUAUCAGCCCACACCCGCCGAGGAGGAGAAUAAGCCUGCUGGAGGGUACGAACCGCCCAGCAUGACCCCCUACGCGCCGGAGGAGCCAAAGACAAGCACCUACGAACCUCCCUCCAUGACGCCAUACCAGCCUGCUGCUUCUGAAGAGAGCAAGCCCAGCACCUACGAACCCCCCUCCUCCUCCUUAACACCCUACUCCUCCUCCCUAGAAGACGACAACAAUAAGCGCACAUCAGGAGGCUACGAACCGCCCUCCCUAACCCCCUACGAAACCGCCACCGAGGGUUCAAGCCGCAAGUCCUAUGCCCCGUCUUCUGUGACCCUCACCCCGUACGAAACCCCUCCCGAGGAGCCCAACUCUAACUCCAACUCCAACUCCAACUCCAACUCCAACUCUAAGCAGGAAGAAAACGGGAAUGGGUAUGGUGGUGGCGGGUACCAACCGCCGGAGUAUGGGAGCUACCAACCAUAUGGGUACGGUGGGUAUGAGCCUCCGUCGUAUGAACCCGGUCCGGAAUCAUCAUCGUCGUCUUCUUCUGAGUCAGAGGAUGAGGAAGGAGGUGAUGGGGAGAAGAAGAAGAAGAAGGACAAGGAGAAACAGAAGAAGAAGAAGAAGAAGAAGAGGGGGAUUAUGUAUGAUGAUGAAGAUGAUGAUUUCCCUACGGUCACGACCUCUACACCGAGAGCAGAGACUGGGGUUGGGAGUGUUAAGGAAAAGACGAAGGAGGAGAAAGAUCGAGAGAAUGAGGAGAUGUUUAGACGGAUUGCGGAGGAGGAUGCCAAACGCGCCGAAGCCGCCAAGGCUCAGCAAUCUCAAAAACGCGGCUGGGGCUUCACCUCUUGGCUCCCCUUCGGCAAAAAGGACGCCUCUUCUAACACUCAGGAUGGAACCCCCGGAAAACCAAUCAAAGCCAAGCUCGGCGAACCCAACCAGUUCUACUACGACCCGGAGCUCAAGCGCUGGGUCAACAAGAACGCACCGCAAACCGCCGAGAAGAAGGUUACGCCCCCGCCGCCGAGGGCAAGUUCCGUCCCGCCGGGAGGGGCUGCAAAUAAACCUCCUGCUGGGGGACCACCGACUCCGGGGUCGGGGACGGGCACACCGCCUGCUGCGGCGGCCGGAGGGGCGCCGCCUAUGAUUAGGAGCGCGAGUGGUAUGUCGACUGCUAGUGCCCCUCCUUCAAGCACGGGUACGAAGCCGCCUACUGCAGGUGGACCACCUCCGCCGGCGGCAGGAGGGCCGCCGAAGCCGAAGCCGAGCUUGAGCAGCUCGAAUAGUAUUGAUGAUUUGUUGGGACCGGCUGGGCUGCCGCCGAGAAGGGGGGCGGGUGGUGCUGCGGCGAAGAAGAAGGGUAGAGGAGCGAGGUAUGUGGAUGUUAUGAGCAAGGAGUAA